AUAAAAAAAUGAAAUUAUUUGUCAUUACUCAUCCUUCAAAAGUUUAAAAAUAGUCGCCAAAUAAUCAUCAAAUUUAUCAUAACAGAAAUGGAAAGCGAUAAGAUAAUUGCUAUUGAAUUCAAAUUUUAGCGCUCUUUACUGUCGUCAAGAAACGUUAAGACCCGAAAGUUUUUCGAUCAGAUUCGGGUAUUAGUGUGGCGGGCGCGGCCAUAUUGGCAAUACGGAGAGAGUUUAAAGAGUUUGUGUGAUAAGUGCUGUGAAAUUAAAUCGAAAGUCAUCCAAAAAUGUCUGAAAGGGAGGAUAACGUGUACAAGGCAAAAUUAGCCGAACAGGCUGAGCGAUACGAUGAGAUGGUCGAGGCGAUGAAAAAGGUGGCGAAACUCGACCUGGAACUGACCGUCGAGGAGAGGAAUCUCCUUUCGGUGGCCUAUAAAAACGUCAUAGGGGCUAGGAGGGCGUCCUGGCGCAUAAUUUCAUCAAUCGAACAAAAAGAAGAGUCAAAAGGAACCGACGACAAACUCGAAAUGAUACGGCAAUAUCGUUCACAAGUCGAAAAAGAAUUAAGAGAUAUCUGCUCGGACAUAUUAAGCGUUCUGGACAAGCACCUAAUACCUGCCGCCUCUUCGGGAGAGUCCAAAGUCUUCUACUACAAAAUGAAGGGCGACUACCACCGAUACCUGGCCGAGUUUGCGACAGGCAAUGACAGAAAAGACGCCGCCGAGCACUCGCUGGUGGCCUACAAGUCGGCCAGCGAUAUCGCAAUGACGGAGCUGCCGCCCACCCACCCCAUCAGACUCGGUCUGGCGCUCAACUUCUCCGUAUUCUACUACGAGAUCCUCAACAGCCCGGACAGGGCGUGCCGGCUCGCUAAAGCAGCCUUCGACGACGCCAUCGCCGAACUCGACACCUUGUCCGAGGAGAGCUACAAGGACAGCACGCUGAUCAUGCAGCUGCUCAGGGACAAUCUCACAUUAUGGACGAGCGAUAUGCAGGGAGACGGUGAAGCGGAACCGAAAGAACAAUUACAAGAUGUAGAAGAUCAAGACGUAUCAUAAUUUCAGAAUGUUGCGCCUGGCGAUACUGAACUGUUGAGUGCUGUGUAGUGCAGGGCAUUGCCCAGACAUUGUGAAAGGGUCGGGGCAAGCAAUCACUUGCCCCUGAGCCCUGGUACAUAAUGUAUUAUUAUUACUAGCUGUAACAAUAUAUUCUGUAACUGUUUUGUCUCUCCCGAACGAUUGCGAGUUGUGCGAGUCCCCUUUCGUCCGUCAACAUAAGUGACAUGUUUAAUUCAAUAUUAAAUAUAGUAGUCGCUUUUGUUUUCGGAACAAAUUGAAUGAUUGUACUAGAAUCUUCGCUUUAGGUAUUUAACGUUGGAUUUUUUGUAUUUUUAUCUUCAAAUAAAAUUGUCGAGUAUUUAAUGAUUUGUUACCAGUCUGAUUUGUUCUCCGGACAAGUUUCAUUUGAUUUAUUAUCAGAUGGAUGUUUUGUCUUGGGCACUAAUUGAGGCAGCGGCACGAUGUAUAAAUUAUGAGAGGCUUAUUUUCAAGAUUCAUUUUUACCAACCUAUGACCAAUAUUUAAAUCUAUGUGGAAAUUUCUGUCGUUGAUUCUUUUUUAGUAAAUACGCUUAGAGACGAUCUUUUGCCUUGUCGUACUCUUGUAGAGUUAGAACGUUUGUAUAUUUGAUACAAGUGAUUUUGUUUUUUAUUUUUUCGGUAUGGAUUCAGUAUUUUUUGAAAAACACGCAUAUAUCCGUACAAAUUAGCAUUCCGUUUUGCAUUUUUAUUAUAUUUAUUUAAAUUUAGAAAUUGGUUUGCAUGUUGAAUGUUAUUGAAGCAAUAAUUCUUAAUUACACAUCCUUUUUCAAAGUUCGUUACCUGAAAGUUCGGCAAUUAUUUUAGGCUUACUUUGACAUGCAUAUCAAUUGAUUUUAAUUGGAAAAUUUGCUGUUACAUCACGUAAUUUAAUGAAUUUUUAUUGUCUUAUAAAAACUGGCAGCCAGGUACUUAGUCAGCCGUACUUAGAAGCACUGCCAGGAUUUUAAAGAUGAAUAAAGAUGAGAUUGUUUCAAAUAAUUUGCUGGUUUUUUCAAGACAAAACUUAAGCAGUUAGUCUUCUUUUAAAUUGUAUUUUUGCAUUUUUAUUGUGCGUAUGGAUGUAAACAAUGCUGUGUAGAUUGAUAUAAAAAAAAUUGAUGUAUUAUUAUAAAAUUAUUUAAAA